ACCAGGAGCAACUUAGCUGCCAUCUAGCCCUCCUGACAUCCAAGAACCAGCUCACGGCUUCAGGAUGCUGAGCCUGAGGCUGCCCAGGCUGUUCCGGGUCGACCAGAUACCCCAGGUGUUCCGUGAACAAGGUAUCCUGUUUGGCUACCGGCAUCCGCAGAGCUCUGCCACUGCAUGCAUUCUCAGCCUCUUCCAAAUGACCAAUGAGACCCUCAACAUCUGGACCCACUUGCUGCCUUUCUGGUUCUUCACGUGGAGGUUUGUGACCAAGUUCUAUGGGACCAACAUCCAGAACGACAGCUACUCCUGGCCUCUGCUCGUGUACAUGGGCACCAGUUGUGUGUACCCCUUUGCUUCCAGCUGUGCACACACCUUUAGCUCCAUGUCCCAGAAGGCCCGCCACAUCUGCUACUUCCUGGACUAUGGCGCUGUCAACCUCUUCAGCCUGGGCUCAGCCAUCGCCUACUUGGCCUACGUGUUCCCCGACACGCUCAUGCACACGCUGUUCCAUGACUGCUACUUGAGCUUGGCUGUGCUCAACACCCUCUUCAGCACUGGCCUCGCCUGCUACUCCAGGUUCCUUGAAAUGCAGAGGUCCAGGUUGUAUAAGGUGCUGCGUGUCCUUGCCUUUGCCUACCCCUACAUCUGCAUCUCCCUGCCUGUCCUCUACAGGCUCUUCCUCCUCCCAGGAGACAGUGCCUUAAGGGAAGCCACCUUGUACCACCAAAAGCACAUCGCCAUGACCCUCCUGGCCUCUUUCUUCUACUCCGCACACGUGCCUGAACGCCUGGCUCCUGGACGCUUCGACUACAUUGGGCACAGUCACCAGCUGUUCCAUGUGUGUGUGGUCAUGGCCACACACCUGCAGAUGGAAGCCAUCAUUCUGGACAAGAGUCUCAGGAAGGAUUGGCUCCUGACCACCUCCAAGCCUCUGUCUUUGGCUCAGAUAUCUGGAGCCAUACUUGUGAGCCUCCUCUUCAGCCUUAUCAACAUAAUCUAUUUCUCUGCUGCUCUCUAUCGAGUUUCGGAGCAUGAAGGACAUAAAAAAGAAACAUGA